GAAAUGAAGCGGUAAAAUUCAUGAUCGGACAUAUCGUCAUCAUAAAAUACUCGUUGAAUCUGUCAGGUGCAAGAAAAGAGGAAAAAGGAAAGCUGCCAGAAAAUUAAGAAAUCUUGUGCUUGCAAUUUGCCUAUCAAGAGGAUAGACUUCUCAUGUCAAGCAGAAGCCUUAGGUAAUGAAGGACAGGUCAGUGGGACUAAAAGGGUGGCAUAAGCAACUAUAAAAAGAAAAUGGCAAUGAUGCACAAUCUUUAUGGUCAAAUUGAUUUGGCAUCAUCUGCCAAGUAUCGAGCAGAGGAGGUUCAAUUAAGAUUGAGCAAUAAAUAUCCAAGCUUUAUGAAGCCAAUGAUCAGAUCAAAUGUUAGUGGAGGUUUCUGGCUAUCUCUUCCAAGGUUAUUCUGCCAGCUGCAUAUGCCACGACAUGAUAUAGCCGUUACUUUGGUAGAUGAAAGCCAGGAAGAGUAUAAAACAAAAUAUCUUGCUGAGAGGAAUGGACUCAGUGGCGGAUGGCGGGGUUUUUCUCUUGCACAUGACUUAGUGGAGGGAGAUGUUUUAGUUUUUCAGCUGUUCAGAUUCUGCAAAUUGAAGGUGUAUAUAGUCAGAGCCAAUUAUUUGGCUGAAGUUGACGCCGCUCUUGUUCUUCUGCAUUUAGAUGCCCAUCAAAAUCAAAUUGAUCCUGUGCACCAAAGGCAGGAUAAUAGAAGUAUGAAACAAGAUGGGAUUAAGCGUCAAAAACUUUCCUCACAAGAAGGGGAUUAUUAUUCUUCAGAAAAUAUGUUACACAAACAUAGUCAUCCAAGGAAUACGUUCAAAGAUCUUGACCUACCUUCAAAAGGACUGGCCUAUGAAACUUUCAGCAUUGUGAAUGCCGUAAAAACCAACAUACUUAAUGACCCUCCAAGUGGUUCUUUCUCAUCAUGGACCACAAGGCCAACUGAACUUGAGCAGUUAGAGAUCAGACCCUUUUCAGCUGGAUACUCCAUUGAACCAGCUUUAACCGUACCAGGGGCAGAUAUGGAAUUCUCCAAGAAGAGCCCUCUUUCUUCCUCAAAGAAAAAGGCACUGGAAAUCAAGAAAAAGCUGCUCAAGAAAAGGGCUUCGGGUCCAAGUAAAACCUUCAAGGUGGAAAAUGGAGACAAAAAGAACGUUCAAAUAUGCACUGAAAAGAAGUCACAGAAACACAGCUCUGUUGAAGCAAACUCAUCAGCCAUGCUGCGAGCUGCAGAAGUUCAAGCAAAUUUGCCUUUACAGUUUCCUAGUUUUGUCAAAUAUAUGCUCCAUUCACAUGUCACGGGGGGAUUUUGGUUGAGCUUUCCAAAAAGAUUUUGCGAUGCCCAUUUGCCAAAACAUGAUGAUACCGUUGUUUUGGUGGAUGAAAACGAAGAAGAAUUUGCUGCCAAGUACCUUAUUGAUAAGAAUGGAUUGAGUGGGGGUUGGAGAGGUUUCUCCAUUGCUCACAGCCUUCUUGAAGGGGAUGUCUUAGUCUUCCAAUUGAUUCAACCCUGCAAAUUUAAGGUAUACAUUGUAAGAAAACAUAGCUUGACAGAAAUUGAUAGUGCUAUCAGUCUCCUAAAUCUGGAUUUUCAUGCUAGACCAAUCAAAUCUGAUCAAGAUGAAGUGAUGAAAAUUUGUGAAGCAAAAGAGGAGAAACACUUGGAGCCUUCUACCCAAGAUAUUCAUCAAGAUGACAAACAAGAAGAAGCCAUGUUGUUACCAAACUCGGACCACGGCCCUGUAACAGAUCAAUGUGGGAAUGACAGCGAUAAUGCCUCUGAAGUUUUAGAAGGAAUUAGAUUUUCAGAAUCAAGAAUCGAAUUCAAAGAUGUGAAGGACUAUUCUGGCUUCAACAUUCUCGUCGAUGGCCUGAUCAUCGACUCUGAGGUUCCUGCACACAUUCGGAACAAAUACUAUGGUCUUUGCAGCACCCAAAAUUCAUUUCUCCAUGACCAUUUACUUGGUGGCCUAAAUGUCAAGCUAGCUGCUGGAAUGAUUACUGAAACUGUGAACAUUGCUGAUGCCAUUAGAGCUUCCAAGAUGUCGACCCCUCGUGAAUAUCUUGAUACUUGGGACAAUACAUUGAAAGGGUUCGAGUGUUUAGGCAUGGGAGUUGGAUUUUUACGUGCAAGGCUUAGUAAGCUCGUUAGCUUGUCAUGUGAAUCGAAAAACAUUCUUGCAUCAAAGAAAGUUGAGCUAGCUGAAGCAAAAGAGGAAAUGAAGAAUCUUGAAGAAAAGGUUUUGAAAGUGAAACAGGUGAUAAAGAAUCUAGAUUCUGAUAUUGAGGCUUUAACAAAGAAAGAUGCAAAUUUUGAGCUCAAUUUCAAGAGACUGGCAGCUGCUCCAUGGUAAAGAUAUCUUUCUGAAAAAAUGGUCCUGACUAAUAUUAGUGUAUAAUUAGUUUGUGAAGAGACCUUUUAGGUUCGUAGCAGGAAUAUUCAACUCUUCUUUAAAGAUGGGUCACUGCUAUUUUUCGUGAGGCUACACGGUCCAUCGUAUCCUUUUUUUACUUUUUGUAAAUUGCUGAGAAGCUUACUGUCUAGUAUGACUAUGAAGGUCACCAGAUAUUUAUUACUAGAAUGAGUCAAGAGUAUAUGACUAGUUGGAACGAGUCAAGAAGACCUACAAGUGUAUAAAUUUCUAUUUUUCUUGUCACAUGCGUUUCAAAUUUUUUUGUUUU